AUGAUGAUGGCGGCUUCGGCUUCAUCCUCCUCCUCUUCCUCAGCCGUCGAAGUGGAUCAGAGCUCUGCUAAUCUGCGACCUCCAGCCUCGGCAUGCGAUGGCUGGUACGGGGUCGCGCACGGCUGCACCCGCAAACUGGGCAUGAAGAUCUGCGGGUUUCUGCAGAAGAACAACAGCUUGGAGGAGAAAGGCAGGAUGAUGGGAUCCUUCAGAGAGAAAGAGCAGAGUCAUAACAGGGAGAAUCGGGAGAAAGAAACACACUUCACCCGCACCGAGACUGACUUCUCCAACCUGUUCGCCCGGGAUUUACUUCCUGCUAAAAAUGGUGAAGAGCCGACUAUGCAGUUUCUCCUCGAGGUCAUGGAGAUCCUCACCAAUUACGUCCGCAAGACCUUCGACAGAUCCACCAAAGUUCUGGACUUCCACCAUCCACACCAGCUCCUGGAGGGCAUCGAGGGCUUCAACCUGGAGCUCUGUGACCAGCCUGAGUCACUCGAGCAGAUCCUCGUGGACUGCAGGGACACGCUCAAGUACGGGGUCCGCACAGGUCACCCAAGAUUUUUCAAUCAGCUCUCCACUGGCCUGGACAUCAUCGGCCUGGCUGGAGAAUGGUUAACAUCCACUGCUAACACUAACAUGUUCACCUACGAGAUUGCGCCUGUGUUUGUGCUGAUGGAGCAGCUGACGCUGAAGAAGAUGAGGGAGAUUGUCGGCUGGCGUAACGGCGAAGGAGACGGACUUUUCUCACCGGGUGGUGCUAUAUCAAACAUGUACAGUGUGAUGAUCGCCCGCUAUAAGUAUUUCCCCGAGGUCAAAACCAAAGGCAUGUCGGCUGCACCGCGCCUCAUUCUCUUUACAUCAGAACACAGUCACUAUUCGAUCGCCAAAGCUGGAGCAGCUCUGGGUUUCGGUAAAGAAAACGUCAUCCUGCUCAGCACCGAUGAAAGGGGUCGGGUCAUACCUGCAGACCUGGAGGCUAAAAUCAUCAACGCCAAACAGAAGGGUUAUGUUCCACUCUUUGUGAACGCAACAGCCGGUACUACAGUGUACGGAGCGUUUGACCCCAUCAACGACAUCGCAGACAUCUGCGAGAAAUACAACAUGUGGCUCCAUGUGGACGGUGCGUGGGGUGGCAGUCUGCUGAUGUCAAGGAAGCAUCGUCACAAGCUGAACGGCGUCGAGAGAGCGAACUCGGUCACGUGGAACCCACACAAGAUGAUGGGAGUGCCACUGCAGUGUUCAGCCAUCCUGGUCAGAGAGAAGGGAAUUCUGCAGGGCUGUAACUCCAUGUGUGCAGGUUACCUGUUCCAGCCUGAUAAACAGUACGAUGUGACGUAUGAUACGGGAGAUAAAGCCAUCCAGUGUGGCAGACACGUGGACAUCUUCAAAUUCUGGCUCAUGUGGAAGGCCAAGGGAACAGUUGGAUUUGAGCAGCAUGUCGACCGGUGUCUGGAGCUCUCUGAGUAUCUCUACAACAAGAUCAAGAAUCGCGAGGGUUACCAGAUGGUCAUGCAAGGAGAGCCCCAGCACACCAACGUGUGUUUCUGGUACAUUCCACCCAGUUUGAGGAACAUCCCAGACGGAGAGGAGAGAAGGGAACGACUGCACAAGGUGGCGCCAAAGAUCAAAGCGAUGAUGAUGGAGUGCGGCACCACCAUGGUGGGCUACCAGCCGCAGGGAGACAAAGUCAAUUUCUUCCGCAUGGUCAUCUCCAACCACGCUGCCACCAAGUCGGACAUCGACUUCCUCAUCGAGGAGAUCGAGAGACUCGGACAAGACCUGUGAUAGAGCCGUGUUGUGGAGGAACGCUGGACUGCAGCCCUGUUUAACAUCCAAUGAGUGUAAACCUGUGCUGUGUCCCUGUUUAACGGUUUAAAUGUACUUUUAAAGUGCACUACGUCCUGUCAAACUGGUAGAAGUGUCUAGAAGCACUGAGGCCUAAUCUGCACUAACACAAGUAAAUCUGAAUACACUCUUUAUUAGUUUUGGCCACACUUUUCAAGUGAUUUCAAUUUCCCAAUUUUUUCCCCAAACCUGAAAAUGAUAGAAAGAGCAUGCUGAGCAUGCACACUGGACGUCUUUUAAUAUUUACGUUUCUGCCGGUUAAAACAUGCUUUUUGCAAGCCACAGUGUCACUUGUCCACUAUACAAAUUGGUAAAACAGGGUCACCGUUUUUUUUUUCAAUCCUGAGCUCUUUGUGGCGUUUCUUGGGGAGCAUGUUCCUCUGGGUUCUAGCAUUUCCUCCCACCUGGUACGCAAGUUGACUACACAAAAAAACUGCCCCUAGGCAAGCCUGGUAUUCCCGGGAUAGGCUCCAGAUCUGCUGCGACACUGGCCACGAUACAGUGUUCACUGAAGGUGAAUGAAUACAGAAAACAAAGUAAGUUCCACCAUCAUGGAAUUGUGGAGAUCACACGACAAUCAUAUAUCAAUGUUUUCGAAUUUCAACCCCAAAACGACCUUUCAGCAGUCAUGAGUCAGCGAGUCAGCAGUGCAUGAAUACUUUGACACUGGGAUAACGGGACGUUUUCCCACUCUCCCAAAUUCUCCCGCAUUCUGGGUUUUAGUUAGUGAAUUCUGAGCUGUCAGAAAGUCUCUAAACUUCCUAUUUAAACGUUUACAUGAACACACACGUGUUCAUGUAGCCAGUUGCAUCACUUCUGGGCUUGUUUAGUGCCGUUUAGGAGCUUUCUGACAGCCCAUAUCUCACCAACCAAACCAACUGGCAACAUAAACCUGUGUCCGAGUGCAUAAUGUAUAGAAAUUGGAACGUUUAGGCUACAUUUGAGUCACGACUGAUCGAUUGUGUCACCUGUUUCAAUUCUGUUAAAGACUAGACAGAAGUACUAACGUUUAUGUUUUCAGGUUCAGCCAUUCUGAUGGAUUUCGGUGGUCAAAAAAUGGUGUCUUAACGUGGACGGAAAGGCAAAGGAAUACGAAAAGAUUUGCCCGUCUUAGUGUGGACUAGACCGUAGUGAUUUAUGAUGAUUGGAGAAACAGCAAGAUUAUUAAUAUUACUAGACAUUUUAAACCUACACAUACAAAUCAGUCCAUAUGUAAUAAUACUACAAAUAAUAAUAAUAUCCUCAAAACCCACGCCGCGUUGUUUUAGUCACAUUUCCACCCAUAUAUACAGUAUACGUAUAUUUAUACUAACUAUAUAUUAUGUGUAAUGGGACAUUUACAGUGCUUCAGGUUGUAAAUAUGUAACAAAGACGAGCAAGGCGCACCACCCUUUUA